CACGGUUAACACGUCAACCCUUAGUGGAACUUGGAACUUUCAAAACUAUAACAUUUUAUUGGAUGACCUUUAAAUUUAAAAAUUCCAUUAAUUCUAUAAAACACCUGAGUACCAAAUUUAUAGAUGAAAAAACUUACUAUUAAACUUCAAGUUUUUUGGUUUUUAAUACUUACAAGUUGUGAAAAAAAGUAGAAAAUUAAUAAUAAUAUAUUAUUUAUCAAGAAAUGGCACCAUCGACUGACUGGGAUGAAAUCAAGAGGUUGGCAGCAGAUUUUCAGAAAGCACAAUUAACCACUACAGCACAAAGGUUAUCAGAGAGGAACUGUGUUGAAAUUGUAUCAAAGUUAAUUGAACUUAAAUUACUAGAUGUGAUUUUCACAGUAGAUGGCAAAGAGUAUUUAACACCGCAGCAACUUAUAAAAGAGAUAAAAGAUGAAUUAUAUGUACGAGGUGGACGGGUCAAUACAGUUGAACUUGCUAAGGAGCUCAAUGUGGAUCUCAAUCAAAUAAAUAUAUAUGCUGCUGAUAUAGUCAAGAGUAAAGAAGUGCAGUUGGUUGCAGGUUCAUUGAUAACACAUUAUUAUUUAGAAAAGAUUGCAAGGGAAAUAAAUGAGAAGCUCCAAUUACAAGGACAAAUCACUGUGGGAGAUUUAACAUUACAGUAUGACUUGCCAGCAGAACUGUUGCAACACAGUGUUUUGGAAAAAUAUUUGGGCAAAUUAAUUUGUGGUAGACAAGAUCCUUCUGAUCCUAGAAUAUUUUACACUGAAGAAUAUAUAACUAGGACAAAGGCAAAGAUCCGAGGAGCUUUAAUGGGUCUUCUUAAACCAACCCCUAUUAGUCUCAUCAUAAGUCAUUGUAAUUUGGCAGAGCGUCUCUUCUUAUAUCUUUUUGAUCAAUUGAAUGCACCUGGGGUACUCACUGGCAGGCAAUCAGGAGCACAAUAUGUACCAUCAUGUUAUACUAAAUCUCAAAAUGAGUGGGUUAUGAACUUUUAUAAACAGAACAACUAUUUGGAAUAUGAUGCUUUAACUCGUCUGGGUAUAUCAGAUCCUAAAGGUUAUGUUAAAAGAGUUUUGUCCAAUGAAGACUUGACAUUUUUAAGAAGUUGUGUGAUUGGGUCACAAAUAAAACAACAAUUAGAAAAUGCUCUUGAGGAAUGUAUUGCUUCAAAGAGUUAUUUAGAUGUUGUAUCAUUGCUGCCGUCCGUGUUAUCAGACGAAGAUAUUGACAAUGUCCUUGAGACUCUAUUAAAGGAUAACUUAAAAUCAACUAUUCUGUUUGAAAAAACUGUCUUUAGCAAUCAAUUUAUUGAAAACUUGAGACAAGCUUGCAUGCCAAUAGUGCAGAAGAAUGCCGAGACUAUUGUCAACUCUGGCAAAUACCAACAAUUUUGCCUUGAAAAGCAACUAGCUAAAUCUGAGAACCAACAUCAAUCACACAGCUUUGUCGAUCAUAAAGCUGAAAGGCGUGAAGAGCGCAGAAAGAAAGCAAGUUCUGGAAAAGUUGGUGGAGGUACACAAGGCAGGGAAACGAAAACAAAAGCAGUUAAGAAACAUCCCAGAUCUAAACAGACUGCGCACGAUUCAGAUUCUGAUGAGGCACCAAGUGCAUCCAAGAAAAAUCAAGAUAUUUUAGAGAUUGUAAGCAAUGAAGAUGUAGAAAGUGUAAUUAAAGAAUCUCUGGAGAAUGAGGGGCUAGAAGAUCUAAUAGACCAAAUUGCUGAAUACCUUCAAGGACAUCUGAAUCAAACUGCCUUAGCAUUAGCAAAAGAACUGGCUGAAAAGCUGUUACAAGAUGCCAAUCAAAAUAGAAAGCAAACUCAUUCUUCCGCCCAAGACAGAAUUAAUGUUCUUAUAAAUGAUAUUAAAUUAUAUGAGAAGGGUUUAAAAUUAUUUUCAAGUGAUCAACAUGCUCAAUUUAUUAAAUACCUCCUUAAGUCCUUUGGAAGUGAUAUUCUUUCAGAAUUCUGCAAGUACGCAGCAAAUCAAUGCAACCUAUCUGUGCAAGUUGAUGUUUUGUCAGUUGAUCAGAGAAAUAAAAUAAUGAAUGAUUUAUCAGAUGAAUAUAUGAAACCAUUGCGUGCCCUAAAUGUAACAUUGGGUGAACAGAAUAUAGAGCAAUUUUAUCAAGCUGUGGAUGUAUGCUUAUCAGAAUGUGGAAUGAUUUUAAAAAAAGUUGACAAAAAGAAGGACAAAAUUCUUGUUCAAAAUCAUCGAGAGAAGCUUAUAGCUGAGUUAGAAAAUUGUGAAGAACCUGCGUUAGUUUUGCAUUUAGUAGUACUCGCCCUGUUUACUAUCCUGAAUCAAAAUAUGUUGCAUGCAUCUGGAAGACAAGUUCCAAUUAUUAUAUCGUUUUUGAAGUCACAAUUGAAAGAAGAAGAUUUUGAAAAACUUCAGAAGUAUCAUGAAUUGGUAGCUGCUUACUUAACUGCCUCAGAUGAACACAGAAGUAGUAUUGAAGAAAAACUCAAGGAAGACAUGCCACUCAUUAAGAAUCUGGUCGCUGAAGUUAAGAAAUAUAAGUAGUGAUCGUUAGUUUUGUAUAAUAUAGAAACUGAAUAAUUCAUAAUUUGACUAAAUGAAUAUAUUAUUAUAAAAUGAAAAAAGUAUUUAAAUUUUAUGUAGUA